AUGCUUCCCCCGAGAGCCCUCCUCCUCCCCGCUGUGCGGCGCUACCGCUGCCGCUACAUGUCCAGCAGCAGCAGCGGUCACAGCCAUUAUGACCCACCGAGCGGGUGGUUCCUGAACGUUCCGCCGGGCGAAAAGCCCGUGAAGGAGGGGUGGGAGAAUGUUUUCUACUGGGGCUUCCUUGGAGGCUUGUUUGCUGCGGGCGUCGCCUAUGCGUAUAAGCCUGAUACUUCGUAUGUUUUUUUCUUUCCUUCUCCCCGUUUGCUUGGAUGGGUGGAUGGGGGCUGAUGAUUUCUAAAUCUAGUAUUCAGACGUGGGCGCUUGAAGAAGCUAGGAGGAGGUUAGAGGCUGAGGGUAUUUUGGAGGAUCCGUCGAGUACGGAGGUUCCGAAGCAUGAGAUUAGGACUGUGUCCGGGCUUGGGCGUGGGGAGAAGGCCUAA